UUUACUUAUAAAAAUGUCUAGAAACUCAAUGAGCAUACCACGAUUUUCUUUGGGUGGGCAACAGAAUAUAUCAAUUUUACAGCCAAAAACGCUCUUCCACAGAAAGAGUAUUGCAGGUCUUUCUCAGAAUUUUGGAACAGAGAAUUUACCUCCUUCAAGGGCUUCGUUUGGUAGGAACUCCUUUGGACGAUCCUCACUUUCACGACGUUCUAGUUACUUAAUGGAAGGAAAAGGUGUUCUAAAAGAUCCUAGAAGUUUGAAUGAUAAGGAAUACAGAAGAGAAAGUAUAGCUAUUUUAGUGCGUUAUCUUACAGAAAACGGUUAUGAACAUCCCAUAGGCAUUAAGUCAUUUGCGAAUCCGGCAAUGAAGGAUUAUUUAAGGAUUUUUAAAUUUCUUUAUAAUCAACUUGAUCCACAUAGGAAGUUUACUUCACCAAAUUACGUCGAAGAACUUCCAGCGCUCAUGAAAGAAUUGGGCUAUCCAUUCAACAUCAAUAAAAGCACCUUUUUGGCCUGGACGCCACGCGCGUGGACUUGUCUAUUGGGCUGUUUGCUAUGGCUUGGGGAGUUGUGCUCAUAUUUCAAAAAAGUUGGGCCCAUGUGUUUUUUUCCUUUGCAUGAUGAUAACUUUGAAGAUGAGGUUCAGUCCCAGCGAGAAACUGAGAGGAUUUUUUUUGAAUACAUCUCCAAAGCUUAUAUUUCUUAUUUGGAAGGUGAUGACGAUUAUGAAGGCGGUGCUGAGCUCUCUGUUUUCGCCGAAAAAAAUAAUCUACUGCAACAGCAGUUGGUUGAUAUUAAUGUCGCUAUUGAACGGGAGACGCAAAAGUUGAAGCAGCUCGAAGAAGAACCCUCUCGCCUUAAAAUAUUACAAUCCGCCCGCGAAAAUGCCUUAAGCGAAAAAAGAAAGCUAGUAAGCCUCAUUAAUGAAUACAAGCAGCACGUGGCCCAAUGCACCAAUAAGGAAGCGGAAGUUUAUAAGGAGUUGGAAGAAAAAAGUUCUGAAUUGGAGCGCCUUCUAACAGAAAAAAGAAAUUUAGAAAAUAUUUUGGAGACGCAAGAAUUGUCUCAAAUGGAUGUGGAAAAAAUUAAUAACGAAAGAUAUCAGUUGGAAUUGGACUUAAAGGAGCUUGAAAGUCAUAAAAAUGAAGCAAAAAAGCUCAACUGGGAAAGGGAGAAGGAGUACAAACAAUUUUUUUCUUCAUUAAUGAAUGAUUUUCAUGUGUACCAUCAAAAGGCAAUGCGUCUUCACCUCCUCCCCUCCACCGCAAAACUUGCCGGCGGCGUCGAUUAUCAAUUACUUAUAAAUGAGGAGCAUUCAAACCCGCACGAAAUGCUAUUCGUUAAGCUAAAAGGAGGUAUCAAACCCAAUUUGGCGCAAUUAAAAGAGGCGCUCCUUAAAAAUAUUGUUGAUCUUCAAGAAGAGUCGGCUCUUUUAGAGGACCAUUUAGAGCAGGUGAAGGAAUGUAUUCAGGAAAAAGAAGAAGAGUUGGCCAGUUCACAAGAAAAACUGAAUCGUUCUCGAGAUAUGCACAAAUCAGAGAAAGAAAACUUUGCUAAAAUUGAAAAAGAAGCUUUUUUAAUUCUUGAAGGGCUCGAGGAAGAAUUACAACAACUCGAAUCGAUGCUUUCCGAAGGAAAACUGGAAAGACUAGAAAAUGAAAUUGAACAAAAUGAACGCCAACACGAAUUAUGCGUUGAAGAAUUUUGCACGCAGAUCUAUUCGGUCAUUGAUUUGGCGUCCAGCCAUAAAGAAUACAUAAGUCACAAGUCUGCUCGUUUCAUUAUUAUUAUUAUUUAA